AUGGCAGCAAAACUCUUUAUUGUUUUACUUUUUCUCUUGCUAUUGGCUGCAGCUGCACAUCAAGGAAAAAGCUCGGACGAGUUCGAAUAUCCCACAGAAAACAAUGAUGGCAGUCUCACCAAGGAGGAACUAGAAGACAUGGUAGCCGAAUUCAUGAAGAAAAGGAAUCACCAACACAAGAGACGACUCAUUCCCCGACACAAAGGAUCUUGCGGAGCAAAGGCGGUGCGCAAAAUUGGCUACAUGUGCCCCAAGUAUUGCAGCAUUAAAGAUGAGAGUUUAUUGUUCGACUUGUGCACAACUCAAAUGGAAGAUGAUGAGAUUGUGAAGAGGUGCUGCCCUUAA